AUGUUUUGUAAAAGGGAGAAAAAAAUUAUAUUAAAUUUUCUUAUAAAAACUUUUACAUUUAUCCUUUUAAUUUGGAUAUUACAAUUCUCUAAUAAUUGGAAAUUUUUUAAAUCACUGAGUUAUAAAAAUGAUUUAAAAAACACAUUAAAUUUAGGAGUUAAAAGAACUUUAGCACAAAAAGAUAUAACAAAAGAAACAAGCGAAAAGCCAAAAUUCUGUGAUCUAGGAAUAAUAGAAACCAACAUAGAAUCAAAAGGCAAUCAAAGCAAAAUAGAAAAAAAAAUAGAUAUAGAACAAGUAGAUGAAAAAUAUAUGGAACAAGGAAAUGAAAUGAAGAUAAAUGAGAAAAAUAAAAAAGAAAAUUUUAAUCAGAGAAUUUUAGGAAAAUUCAAAAAUAAUUUAAAUCUAAUUUCUUUAUCUUUUGCUAUUUUCCUAUUAGUUUUUUCUUUUAUAUAUUAUGAAGCAAUGAUGAUUUCAGGUAUUGAAUUACCAUCUAUUGAUGCAGUGUUUACGACUUUAUCUCUUCUAAUAAUAUCAGUUAUUUUAAUAAAAGAACGAAUCAAAAUGAAAUUUAAAAUAAAAUUUGAUUAUAUUUAUAAUUAA